UUUAAUACAACUGUUGGUUGUAUUGAAUGCGACGUGAUUUGGGAUCAGAUGUCAUCACUUUGUUUGCCGACAACACUGUCUAUCAAUUGACUGUCAAUACAACGGAUCCCAUAAAUCCUUUCUUCAGAUACAACAGAUCCCAACCAUUAAACAAGUGGUCGAGUGUUCGCCUAAUGGGUCCCAUUAAUGAAGUUGGAGACUACAGCAUGAAUGGCAAUUGUGGUCAAAAAACAAACGAUAGGAUUAGAAGUAAACUGUAUUUGAAUAAUGAUUACACAAUGGAUACCAUUUAUUGGGUUAAAAGCAACAAUAGUUAUGCCGUAGAGUCUUAUAACAUAAUGGAUAAACUCAAGAGCGAUAAAAGUGAUAAUCAUCUGACCAUUGAUCAGAUCCGGAGUUAUUUGUCACAAACGACGGCCGGCUUUGCAUUCAAUGACUAUUUCUAUUUGUUUGCCGGCAAUCGUGUCUGUCGUCUCAAUAACAGGACUCUUCUGUUUGACGACAACUGUUUGACACAAACCAUCGCUCAAUGGAUUGGAUGCGAUGUAAAGACAAUAAACAAUGGGUUCAGUAAAUAUAUAAAGAUUUUGAUUUUUAUGAUCAUUUUGGUGGUCAUAACUGCACUGAUUAUAGCAUUUAUAACGUAUAAACUUUGGAUGAGAUCUGCGCCAAAAGGUUACCAAAAAUACAAAACCAAACCAAAACCUCGAGAUUAUGUGACCAUCUCUUCGGACACAGAAUCGGAUAAUAAGUCUUUGAAUGCAUCGCAAAGUGAAGACCCGAAGGCAUCGAAGUCUUUGUCUUCGAUGAAAGGCAAGAGACCAACGGAUCUGGAGGUUAAGAGCAAUGAAGGAUCGGUUAAGAGCAAUGAAGGAUCGGUUGGAAGCGUCGGAACAGAUUAA